GCUCUUUCUGUUUUGUUGACUGCCAAUUUGCCAUCAAACUCAGACAGGAAUGUCCUAACACCCUCCCUUCUCUCUCUCUCUCUAGAAAUCCACAGGUUUAACAGAUUUGAUCAAUACCCUUCUGCUGAAAUCGCUUCAUUUGCCUGUUUCUGAAUUCGGGUCAUGCAUUUUUCUCCGAACCACCGAUCUCUUCCGCUUCAGAGAAUCCUGACCCAUUCGGAAAUGGAAGAUACUGUGGUGGAUGGUAAUGGGACAGAGACUGGUCAUAUAAUUGUAACAACUAUUGGAGGGAAAAAUGGCCAGCCAAAGCAGACCAUCAGCUAUAUGGCAGAGCGUGUUGUUGGGCAUGGAUCUUUUGGAGUAGUGUUCCAGGCAAAGUGCUUAGAGACUGGUGAAACAGUUGCAAUUAAAAAAGUUCUUCAAGACAAGAGAUACAAGAACAGAGAGUUACAGACUAUGCGUCUUCUGGACCACCCUAACGUUGUGUCGCUGAAACACUGUUUCUUUUCAACAACUGAAAAGGAAGAGCUCUAUCUUAAUUUAGUGCUUGAGUAUGUCCCUGAGACUGUUCAUCGGGUGAUCAAACACUACAAUAAGAUGAACCAGAGGAUGCCAAUGAUAUAUGUGAAACUUUACACUUACCAGAUUUGUAGAGCGCUGGCUUACAUUCAUGGUGGUAUUGGAGUAUGCCACAGGGAUAUAAAACCUCAAAAUUUAUUGGUUAACCCACAUACCCACCAGCUAAAGCUAUGUGAUUUUGGAAGUGCAAAAGUUUUGGUAAAAGGGGAAUUGAACAUAUCUUACAUCUGUUCUAGGUACUAUCGAGCACCUGAACUUAUAUUUGGUGCAACUGAAUACACCACAGCCAUUGAUAUCUGGUCAGCCGGCUGUGUUUUGGCUGAACUACUGCUUGGACAACCUCUCUUUCCCGGGGAGAGUGGAGUGGAUCAGCUUGUGGAAAUCAUUAAGGUUUUGGGCACCCCAACAAGAGAGGAAAUUAAGUGCAUGAAUCCCAAUUACACAGAAUUUAAAUUCCCACAAAUUAAAGCCCACCCAUGGCACAAGAUAUUCCAUAAGCGGAUGCCCCCUGAGGCCGUUGAUCUUGUCUCAAGACUGCUGCAGUACUCUCCGAACCUUCGUAGCACAGCUCUGGAGGCUUUGAUCCAUCCCUUUUUUGAUGAGCUACGUGAGCCAAACACCCGUCUGCCAAAUGGACGUUUCCUUCCCCCAUUGUUCAACUUCAAGCCUCAUGAACUAAAGGGCGUGCCUGUUGAUAUGUUGGUGAAGUUGAUCCCAGAACAUGCGAGAAAGCAAUGUGCCUUCCUUGGGUUGUGAUGUGGUUCUUUGUACUUGAUGAGUGUUCACAGCAGAAAAGUGCAGUCUGCCAUCAAGAAGUAGCUAUUUUUUAAUUUUCUCCUCUUCAUUUGUUCUUUCUACCUUUUAGUUUCCCUGGUAUUCAUUUCUUGUUUCUAAAAGCAGAUCAAGCAAGCUAUGCUUUAUAUGUUCCCAAAUUAUAACAGUAUAUUGAAUGCAAAGAUUGUUUUCUUCUUUUCAA